CCGUCGUCCUUCCUCGUCUCUUUCCAAGUUCGAACCGGAGAAAGACACAGAACCCUCGGGAGCUUUAUUGAUCUUCAAUGGUUCUCUCGGCAAUCAGCCGUUGGCUCGUGAAUCCGCGUAAGAACCCUCUGGCUGCGGUGCACCAGAGGGUCAUCUCCAGGCGCCUCAGGAAUUAUGGUUUACGGUAUGAUGAUCUGUAUGAUCCGUACUACGAUCUCGAUAUCAAGGAAGCCCUAAGCCGUCUCCCGCGCGAGGUUGUCGACGCUAGGAAUCAGCGCCUGAAGCGCGCCUUGGAUCUCUCCAUGAAGCACGAGUACUUGUCGGAGGAGAUGCAGAAGCUGCAGACACCAUUUAGAAGCUAUCUCCGGGAUAUGUUGGAUAUGUUAGCUCUUGUGAAGAAGGAGAGGGAGGAGAGGGAGGCACUUGGAGCUCUUCCUCUCUACGAACGCACCAUUCCGUAAUGCUUCAGCUGCUCAUCCGCCUUUCUUCUAUCCGAUAGAAUUAAAUUUAUAUAAAAUAAAUGAUAUUCUGAUGACUUCUCCAUCUCCUUUUGCCUUCAUCUUCUUUGUCACUUGUGAAAGAGUGGGUUUCUGAUUUGGAAUUCCCUUUUGCUCCUAUUUUUUUUUAGUAAUUUCAUUUUAGUACUGUUUUAUAAAGGUUUUAAACUCACCUGCAAAGUUUUUUUCUUCCA